UAGAUAACACAAAUCUGUCACCGAAAAAAAUUAAACAGAAUUAUUAAAGCAUCUGAAAAAAAAUUGUGGUUGAAAUAAGUUUUGAAACAAUAGUAACUUCCCAAAAGUCAGCCUUGUCACAACAUGAAAAGUAGUGGCUAAAUUUACAUCGUUGGUUUUUCCAAUCUCCGCACCAAAAAGGCUAAUUUUACUUUUCAAAACACUCUUAUUGUUUUGAUUAAUUAAAAGAUCAUUGCUAAACAUGAAAGGAAGCGAUGUGAAAAGCAAAAAUAAUUCAUUAAAUUUGAACACCGUGGUCACUUAAACAGUGCGGGAUUAAAUGAGGCGCAAUCUCGAGCUUUUAAUUUGAAAUACCAAUACGGAAGUUGUGUUUCAGUAAAACUCUUCCGAAUUCCGCGCCCCAGCGGAGCCGUAGCCCCUGUUUUUAGAGUACACGGCAGUUCAGCUGCGUGUCGUCGGAUGUUUUUCGUUUGCGACGCGGCGGGACGUGGUGGCUUUUCCCGCCGUCGGUGGUGCGCCUCUCGCGGGUCUACAUUUAACCCGAGUGAGUGCAGCUAGCUAGGGAGGCGCGGUCCCCGAGUGGAGAAACUCCGCUCGUUACCGACACUAGCAUGGACUUGCACAUACUGGACCACAGGCUCCGAGUCACCUGCAUAUCCAAGAACGGGCUGGCGAACUUCACACACGCUCUCAUUAAACUGAUAUUCCUCCGGAACAGAACGCGAUGCAAGUUUUUCAGCCUGACAGAAACACCAGAAAACUACACCGUCGUCCUCGAUGAGGAAGGAUUCAAAGAGCUGCAGCCCUCUGAGCACCUUCAAGUGGAAAGCUCCACCUGGCUGCCACUCAACGUGGUCUCCAAUGGCAACAUCUCCAGCAGCUCGCAGGCGGUCGGUGUGACCAAGAUCGCCAAGUCGGUCAUCGCCCCGCUCGCCCAGCAACACGUCUCCGUCUUCAUGCUGUCCACCUAUCAGACCGACUUCAUCCUGGUGAGAGAGAAAGACCUGUCUGUGGUCAUCAGCACUCUGGAGGAAGAGUUCAACAUUUACAGGGAGGUGGAAGGCGAGUCGGUCCCCGUGGGCUGUCCGAAUGUUUCCAACGUCCUUCAGAAGAACGGCAAAGAAGCUCUCCAUCCCACUGUCCACCCAGUGCUGAUCCCCCAGAACCAGUUCGGGGUCAUGUCUCUGGACCCGGACACGCUGCCGUCCAUCGCCACCACGCUUAUCGACGUCCUCUUUUAUUCCAACAGUCCCAAAGUGGACAGCCAGUCGUCCCCAAACCAGGACCUGGACUGCAUCAAGUUCUUUUCCUUCUCCCUCAUCGACGGAUACAUCUCCCUGGUGAUGGACACUGAGGCUCAGAGACAGUUUCCUGCAGAUCUGCUGUUCACCAGCUCCUCCAGGGAGCUGUGGAGGAUGGUUCGUAUAGGAGGACAGCCGCUGGGUUUUGACGAGUGUGGCAUCGUGGCUCAGAUUUCUCAGCCUCUUGCUGAUGGAGACAUUUCUGCCUAUUACAUAAGCACCUUCAGCUUCGACCAUGCUCUGGUUCCCGAGGAAGACAUUGUGAGUGUGACCGACAUGCUUCAUCAGCAGAGGAAAGACGCGGCCACCAGCUGAUUGAACUGGAAGACCCAAAUCCGUGUUACUCCUCCUCAUUCUUCUGAAGCAAGGAGUAGCCGGCUAGCAGGAGGAGAGGCUAACUCUGUGCCUAGAUUAGCUCCGCCUUGCCAACAGUAUUAAAGACAGCGCAUUUGCCAUGGACACCAGAAGCACUUCUCUGAGAUGUGUGUGCAAUUCGUCGGGCUCUUCAGGUUCCUGUGAGCACAUCAUCACGCACAACCAUCCAUUUAAAUCAGAAAACACUUAUCUGUUAUGAUUAAUAUGCAAUAUAUCUGGGUUAGUAUGAUAAACCUCAGCUUCCUGUUGCUGGAAUGAAGAAUUGUGAUGUGGCCGAACAUCCGAACCAUCGCACAAGUGUUCAUAUGAGAAAAUGUGGCCUUAAACAAUGAGGGAAACUGCUGGAUGUUAAUUUAAAUGUAAAAAUCAAUGCUGCCUUCUAUUUAUGUAGAAGUGAUUUUUAUUUUUUUACAUUAUCUCAAAAAAAAAAUUUUUUUUUGGUCAAAGCUAAUCAGACCUGCAGUUUCAUUGUGAUCAGAGUCAAAUAAGGAUUUAUUAAAAUUUUUGCUUCUAAUUGAAUUUCAUAACUGUAAACAGUAUCUGACGGCCAUGGGGAGAUCGAAUUUCUUCUUAAAGAUUCAGUCACUUCCUGGACAGCCAUUUUUAGAGCAGGUCUGUUGUAAGAUGACUUGAAAGUCAUUUUCCUGUUCCUGUUCAUUUGAAGUAAAUUUAAAUAAGCUGAAAGAAAGCAUGUCAUUGGAUUUUAUUUUUUAUUAUAACGAUGCAUUUUCCUCAUUAUUUAAGCCACUCCAUCCAUAGAGAGGUUUUGGAGUGCAUUCGUUGUUCAGCUCUAUUUUUAAGGCUAACAGUUUGGUUUGAGGACAAUUUACAAAUUAAAACUUUCUUUUUAUGAAAGGUCAACAUUUUUAUUACCAUUAACGCGUUACCUGAGGUCAGUAACACUAUGUCUUAGUUAUUUGCUCUUUGCACAGCAGCCUUGGUUUAGUGAGUUUCUCAGAGAUGUAUUUUUCUUUGGUACCGCUGCAUUUUAUACAAUUUUGAAGUAUUCUGUAAACAUUUGAAGAUUUUGUGCUGCUUCAUCAAAUAAAAAUACUGAAAAUUGUU